CCCCCAGCGAUGGUUCAGGAGGACGGUUGGGCGGAAAGGCCUGGCUGGCGAUGACUUGUGGCUUUCGGCACACACCGUUGACUCGGGGCGAAGAAUGAGCCGGGCACGGAGCAUGGGCUCCGACGGUCGGCUCGUAGGCCGACAGCUUUCUAGGGGAUCGAACUAAAUCUCGAGUCUGGUUGAACGAGAGAACCGAUCGCGAAGGAAAACGACGAUAGGGAGGGGGAGUGAGAAAUACACAAACCCACACAGACUCCGCCCGGCUGCAGGGGCCAUGUCGAUGUCGAUCCCGAUCCCCGGCCGAAGGAGAAAGCCGGGUAGCCGAGCCGAGCGGCGCCUCAUGGAUCGGGCGCCUCUCUGAGGCGGACGGCAGCAGCGCCGGGGGUCAGCACGGGGUCGUGCAGCCGGCCGGGGCGCACGCGCAUUCGACACCCCGGGGCCGCUGCAAGUUCACUCUCGCAACGCGAACAACAUCAUCCAUCGGAACGAUCGCCUUGAAAUACACCCCCAGCCAAUGUGAAUGACUGCAUUGCAAAUCUGAACACUUUCCCAUUGAUUUCUUUCGCAUCUUUGAAGAUCUUUUUGCAUUUUACAAAUCGUUGCUUUGCUUUUUUUGGGGAAAAAACAACAGUUUUUUAAAGAAAAAAUAUCGCAAGUUUAAAACAUUUUCAAACUGCAAUUUGGAAAAAAUUACAUUUUCUCAAAUUGCAAAUGAAUCAAUUGGUUUACUUUUUUAACGCAAUGUGGAAACAAAGUACAAAUUAAGCGUUCUUGUAGUUGCACUUUUUUGGGAGUGUUGGAUCUCUAAUCCAUCGAACAACUUUUCCUUGUAGCGACUGUUUUGGAGGAGGUUGGGGACAUGUCUAAGGCGGUUUCUAAGGAGAAAAAGUCCUUUAGUAAGAAACUUUUUCGGCGGGGCUCGGCACGGUCGGUCGGAAGUUUUAUGAAUAGGGUGCUGAAGACGCUGUCCACCCUUUCGCACUUCGGUACUGAGGAGGCGGUUGAAGACGACAAGGACGACGGCGGCUUCAAGAACUUCCGAGCGGCCGAGGCCGGCGCGGCUAUGGGACUGGGCAUAGGGCUGGGGCCGGGGGUCGGGGUGGUCUCCUCGGCCUCCUCCAUCAUCAUGAUGAUGAGCGGCAUCAACCCGGCCGCUGUCGCUGCCGGUCGGUGCGCCGCCGCCGGCCACAGCGACUCGUCCGAAAGCUGCUUCUCUGGGGAGCGCUGGCAGCCCCCCGGCGUGGCCGGCCUGAAGAACCACGGUAACACCUGCUUCAUGAACGCGGUGCUUCAGUGUCUGAGCAACACCGAACUCUUCGCCGAAUUCUUGGCUUUGGAGCAGUACCGGGAGCGGCCGCCCGGCUGGCUCGAUGGCCCCGAGGGGACAGAGACGCCGAGCCGGGAGGCAGAGGACGAGCAAGAGCUGGACAAAACUUCCAAAUCCAACGGAGUUUUAUUCCGAUCGAACACCCAGGCGGACCCGAGAGGAGAAGUCACUGAACAGCUCGCUUCUUUGGUCCGAGCACUCUGGACUUCAGAAUACACUCCGCAGCUCAGCCGUGAAUUCAAGAAUGUCGUAUCCAAGAAUGCUUUCCAAUAUCGUGGCAACUCUCAGCAUGAUGCUCAGGAGUUUCUGCUGUGGCUUCUAGAUAGGGUUCAUGAGGAUCUGAACAAUAUUGUUUUAACAAAUGGGAAGCCUGCAGUCAAGCCUCCAAAAGAUGAAGACGAACUCUGUGAAGGGCCAUCUCUUCCAGUGAGAAGCAGUUUCGUGCAGGAGCUCUUUCAAGCACAGUAUAGGUCUUCAUUGACAUGUCCUCAUUGCCAAAAACAGAGCAAUACCUUUGAACCAUUCCUGUGCAUCUCUUUACCCAUUCCUCCACUUCAGACCAGGCCAUUAAAUAUCACUGUGGUUUAUGAAGGAAAAUGUUCACAUUGCAUGCGAAUUGGAGUAGCUGUUCCACUGUCAGGUACAGUGGCCAAACUCCGGGAGGCAGUUUCACAAGAAACCAAAAUCCCCACUGAUCAGAUUGUUCUAACUGAAAUUUAUUAUGACGGAUUCCAUCGUACCUUCAGUGAUGCUGAUGCCCUGGACACUGUUCAUGAAAAUGACUCUCUUUAUGCUUUUGAGAUACCUGAUAUCUACAUUGGUCAAAGAGGCAAGCUUACAAACAUAAAUCAAAAUAAUUUGAUGUUCAGCAGUGAUCUCAGGCCCCCAGUUUACCCCCAUGGAGGAGUGAAGCAGAUCAAGUUGGAAAGAGUGUACAACAAGAGCUCAGUGUAUGAGAAAUGGACGCUGCUGGUGUGUAACCAAUGCUGCACUGCACAGCAGACAAAAAGGUUUGGUCAUCCCUUUGUACUCUGUUUGGAUCGUAAAAUAACAUGGGAAGGACUGCAGAAAGAUAUUUUGGAGAAGAUGCGUCAUUUGUUUAGGCCAGGGAUGUUCACUGAGGUUGGUCCCUUUAGUUUGCGAGUCCUUGGAGGUGGCAUGGGGAAAUCUUACCUUUCUCCUCAGGAAGAGUAUCCCUUGUGCCAGUUGGCAGCAGAAAGAGCGUGGAAAUCCUGCAGACCUGGUGGACCCCAGCAUGUUAAGAUAAUUGUGGAAUGGGACAGAGACACAAAAGAAUAUUUGUUUGGUAGUGCUGAGGAUGAGUAUGUGCCAGACUCGGAAAGUGUUCGCCAGCAGCAGCAACUCCAUCACCAGCCUCAGACCUACACUUUAUCCCAGUGCUUUCAUCUCUACACCAAAGAAGAACAGCUGGCACCAGAUGAUGCCUGGCGCUGCCCACAUUGUAAGCAGCUUCAGCAGGGCAGCAUCAAGCUGAGCUUGUGGACGCUUCCUGAUGUUCUUAUUAUCCACUUGAAACGCUUUAAGCAGGAAGGGGAUAAAAGGACCAAACUACAGAACCUGGUGAAAUUCCCCCUCACAGGCCUGGACAUGACUCCUCAUGUGGUAAAACGUAGCCAGAGCAGCUGGAGCCUUCCUUCUCAUUGGUCGCCAUGGAGACGGCCCUAUGGGCUUGGAAGGGAUCCCGAAGACUACCUCUAUGAUCUAUAUGCGGUGUGCAAUCAUCAUGGUACCAUGCAAGGAGGGCAUUACACAGCUUACUGCAAGAACUCUGUUGAUGGACUCUGGUACUGUUUUGAUGACAGUGACGUUCAGCAGCUUUUGGAAGAUGAUGUCUGUAAGCAGACUGCAUAUAUCCUGUUCUACCAGCGGCGAAGUGCUAUUCCCUCUUGGUCAGCAAAUAGCUCUCUAGCAGGCUCUACCAGCUCGUCUCUGUGUGAGCACUGGGUAAAUCGCCUCACAGGCAGCAAGCAGCCCAGCAUCACUUCCACUGCAUCGUCACGCCGGACAUCUCUUGUCUCACUUUCUGAAUCUGUGGAAUUUACACAGGACCGCAGUGAUCAGGAUGAUGGUGGAUUUUCUACUCGGCCUUUUGUGAGGAGUGUCCAACGCCAGAGUUUGUCGUCCAGAUCUUCGUUUGCCAGUCCCUUGGUGCUCAAUGAGAACGGAAUUAAAUCUCAGAGGUCGCUAUCCAGCAAGCUGCACAUGCGGUCCAGUUCUCCAUCGCCAUUCUCCUUUGAUUCUCCAACUCACAGCCCAUCUCCGACAGCAGACCUACUGGGGCGGAGGAGCCCCAACCAAGGCAACUCUCCAUUGCCAGUCCAGACCGCUGCUCAUGCCGGACUGUCUGGCAGGGCACCCCUGGCAGUCAUGGAAGGCAUGGUCCGGGAGGAGGAAUUGAGAGUCACAGGAAAGGCAACUGGACAGAGCCGGCCCCUUGAUAAAAAGCUGGACCAGAGUGGCAAUGAUUCGGGAGGACUGGACACUCUGAGCCCUUUGCUGGAUGCUUUAGACAAUAGGAAAGGCACACCUGGCCUCAGCAGCCCACGCUCUCCAAGUAUUAGUGGCGCUUCUUCUGUGGAAGAGCAAAGACAAAGGAAAGGUCUUGCGUCUGGAACAGCGAAUGCUGACAGCCUGCAGAAGAAGACCACUACUUCUAGAGUGCUUCAUGAGCAGGCCAAAGGCUCUUCAUCCAGAGCUCAGUUAAUUUCUUCUUCUUCACACAAGAAUCCCCAGAAGGCUUCUGUCACUCGUGAAAAGGCAGAAUCAAAAGUGAGAGCCCGACAUUCUUCUUCAAACUCUGUUCUUCGAAGGGACACAGCUAAAAGUCAAGAGUCAGCGUUAUCAGUGUAUCAGCAGAAAGCAAAGCUGGUUUUGCCUUCUCCACAGUCUCCUUCCCCAACACGCAAAAAGGUGCCAGGAAGGUCCAAGACUUCUGAGGGUCGUUCGAAACGCAGCCCUUCUCCUGAAAAGCGUAGGCUGACAUCAUCUUCUAAAGCUAGCAGCACAAGCAGGUUGUCACAUGCUAAAUCAGGAAGCCGUUUGGAGAACAGGAGACUGAGGAAUUCGAGCAGCAGCUCCUCCAUGACAGAAGCAAAAUCAUCCGAUACUAGCUCGAGGACUGACUUGAGAAGGGACAGCAGCAAAUCAGAUGACAAAGGACUGUCGUUCUUUCGGUCAGCAUUGCGGCAGAAAGAGAGUCGGAGGUCAGCUGACUUGGGAAAGAGCAAUAUUCUUGCUAAGAAAACAACAGAUGGGCCCACCAAAAUGGUGACGAAAAAGGUGCCAAGUGAGGGGGCAGUUAAAGAGGGAAGACGAAUGACAACAGAACAGCCGCCAUCUGCUGCUGCCUCAGCCUUGAACCUGACCAGUAAAACGGCUCAGCGAGGGAAGCUGUCGAGCAAAGACACCAAUCCUACGAAACGUCCACUGCUUCCAGCUACUAAAUCCAAGUCAGCACUGCCAGAGGUGGGGGCUCAGUCUCCGACAAGCAGGAAGAAACCUGUAGAAAAAACAUUUAAAUCCAGAAAGAUUGUCACUAGCGGCAUGCAGUCUUCUGUGCGCCAUAACAAAAAGUAAAUGUGAGAGAAAAAAAAACAAAAGGAAAAAGGCUCCCCAAAAAUGGUAGUCUGUUUUUUUGUUUCUAUGACUCCUUUCUUUCUUUUUUCUUUCCUUUCUUUCCUUUCUCUUUUUUCUUUCCUUUCUCUUUUUUCUUUCCUUCCUUUCUUUUUUCUUUCCUUCCUUUCUUUUUUCUUUCCUUUCUUUCUUUUCUCUUCCCGUUUCCUUUCUUCCCGUUUCCUUUCUUUCUUUCUUACUCACUUUCUCCAUUUAUUACACUGGCUUUCCGUUGGAGGAAGUUUUUAAUUUUUUUUGUGGUUAAUGUGCCUACAUUGGUUAGGGAGGAUAUUGAUUUUAAGUGCAUUUGUUGUGCCAUCAAACCAAAUAAUGGAUAUGUAGUAUGCGAGGAUCAUGGGACUUAUUGUUUUUCUCCACAGAGGCUGGCCUUCUCUGUUGGGUUUUAACACAGCACUUUGUAUUGACCUAAAGAAUUUUUGUUGGUGAAUGACACUAUGUACUGUUCAAUGAAUAGUUUGAUUUUAAAAGUUUUUUGUUUUUUACAAAUGUUCUUUUUAAGACUAACAUGACUACUGCAUGCUCUAAGGAAGCCAUCAAAUUAGGUAAUCAGUUUUAUUUUCUCCAGUGAGGAUUUGUUUGCAUGUUAAAUAGUGUUUAACAGCAAACUUCAUGUGAACACACAAGGAAUGAAUGGGAGCGCUGAUUAUUUCUCUUGCGUUGUGGUCACUUUAAAAUGAUCACAGCUCCUAUGUAGCAGAAAGAAGAGAGUGGAGAAGUACAAUGAGAUGCAUCUGACAUUUUGUUAGCUUGGCGAGCGAGUUUUAGAUUAGUUUGUAUGUCAUCAAGUGGUUAUCAAAAGCUUGACUAUCUGUAAUUUAACAGAAUUGGUGAUUUCAACUUCAGUUAUUGCUCCAGACUCCGUGGGUCAAAGGUUUUGAACCCCAUACUGCCAAAAGGGACAACAGGUCCUCGCUUCACUGUUGCAUUCACCUGCCAGAAGCACAUCAUCUGUCUUUCUGCCAUUUCGUAGCAUGCAGCAACCUAUUGGCACAUUGUUGCAAAGGCUUUGCUCUGAUCAAUCUUCCAAGGAAACAAUACAGCUCAAAUUUUAGACAGAAAUAAGUAAAUAUUAAGCGCUGUGUAAUAUUUGAGUCUGAACUUUGAGAUUUCCUGUCCUAGACAGAGAUGUCAGAAGCUUGAGGGAAGGCAUUCUGGGGUCACCAGACAGUGUGCUGGUAACUCCAGUCUCCCUGUUGAAAGUUCAUGGUCACUGUGCACCAAAGAUAAUCAAAUAAUAGUUUUCAUAUGGGGAAUAAGCACACAGCUGACCUAGGUCAGGAUAAUGGUGAGUGACGUUCAGACUCUGAGUACGGAGGAAAUUGCUACUUUUUGUUUUUCACAUAAUGCUUUUAUUUCUAUUUCCUGACCCUGCAGGAGUAAUCGUAAAGCUUGAUUUCUGAUUUCGUAGAAGCUUAUAGUACUGAGGGGGCCAUUUAACACAUUGUGCCUAUUAGCUCAUAGAAAUAACUAUCCAGUUUUUCCAAUGCUCCCCCCAUAAUCCUGCACAUACUUUUCUUUUUCAGGUAAUUAUCUAAUUUCCUUUUGAAAAUUUACUGUUAGAUUUGUUUCUACUGCCCGUGGUCAGGCACUACAUUUUAGAUUUGUCCAGUGACAUUUCAGGGUUAUAAAUACUGACAUUAAUUUUAAUGUAAUAAUGUAAUCUUAUAGGGUCAGCAAUCAUUCUUUUUGUGAAUUUUGUCAGUUACUUAAUGUUGUUGAAUCUAUCAUGGAUCCUUUUCCUGUUGAAUGUCUUUCCACACCUCAUGUAAUUUUUGUGAUCAUUGGGACAAAAGGUCAGCUCUAAAACUUACUUCGUGAUUCCUGUUCUCCUGUUCUCCAAUCUCCUGGCCAGAGAUCAAGGCUUCAUUUCAAAUCAUCAUAGCUUAGAAUCCUCAACAUUACACCAGCUAAACCAAAACAUUGCUCUGAUUCACUUAUAUUUGAGCUGUGACUUAAGGAGGCUUUAAUGGAAAUAGUGUUUACAGUCAAAUCAUUGUGAAACUGGCUUUAUGCUGCUCAGUUUCAUACAUUUCAUUACUCUUGCCCUCACAAGGGUGUGUUUGCAAUGUGCUACUAUGCUGAUAUUUGCCUUUUAAACUUGUAAAAUAUUUUAUAAAUAAAAGCACUUUUAAGUGCUUUUUCUGAAGCAGGAUGGGAACUGCAUGUGAUGUCCUACCCACAGGAAUGAAACAAGUACUGAAAGUAGCUUUUUGAGCUUUGGUUUCAUCAUCAUUUGGAGGUUGCACUCUCUGUAUAGAGAAGCUAGAGAUUUUGGCUUUGAUUUUAAUUGUGCAAAGCACGACACAACAGCAACUGUGUGUGUGUGUGUGUGUGUGUGUGUGUGUGUGUGUGUGUGUGUGUGUGUGUGUGUGUGUGUGUCCAUCCCACCAAUCUGGAGUUAAAAUUUCUGGAAGGGCUGCAAUUAUUUAAAUUGUGCGACUGGCUAGAUGCAAGGAAGCUGUAUUUAUAAUGGCACCUUUCAUGUUCUCAGGAUAUCCGAAAGUGCUUCAUGGCCAGUGUGGUACAUUUGAAAUAUAGUCACUGUUAAGUAGCUAAACACAACAUUGAAGCCAAUGGGCCCGAAGAGACUGUGGGCUGGUGCAUCCCUCCAACUAAUCCUGCAAUGUCUCAUUCUUGCCUUCCCCUUGAAGUGUCAGUUGAUAGUGCAAGUCUUUAGGGCAACUGUAUUCGCCUGGUGUUGGGGGACAUCAUGAUGACAGCUAUGCCAAGGUUGCUGGUUGGGAAGUUGGGAUUUCUGCCCAGACUAGUAGAGGGGAUGUAAUAAUUCAGGUGCCAAUUCACCGAACCCAAUUGCACUUUUACUUUACGCAACUGGAGGUCUCCACAUAAGCUUGUUGUGUUGGCUGUUCGUGCUCCUGUCUGCAUGCACUUAACACAAUGUAUUACUAUGCAAGUACCAGCACGUUGAAUGCACUGAGGUACUUUGUAGUAAGUUUAUCCCUUAGGACUUUGAAUCAAGUGCAAAAUUCAAACACUACGGACUCUGGGUUUGUUUGGUUCCAUUCCUUUGUUUGCACAUUUGUUUCUUCUUCCUGGGUGUGAGAUCAAUGCGAGUGGUUGUACAUUAAUUAAUUUGUAUUGAACAGAAUCAUAAGCUGUAAACAUGUAGACUCCAAACUGAAUUUCAUUGCCUGUUUGUUAAUGGUGUUUGAAACAAAACAAAUCUCUAGUAAAUGUUCCAAUUAUUCUUCACUGACAUUUCUACCAGUUACUGGAUUGUAAAAAUUCUUGCUUUUCAUGCUUUAGUAUUGCUCACAAUUUCAUUGUUGGGCUGUGAUUUCACUUUAAAACUUGGACCUUCUGAACGGUUCCAGUAAAAAUUGAGAUGGGGUGGGGGAAAGUGGCAUUUCAAUGACUUUGGUUUUGUAACAUUUAGCAUGGGGGGUGGGGAGUGCAAACUGCCCCUUGGGAAAGUGCAGGGUCUAGGCAGGUUGUGCCAGGUGCCAAUGAACACUGAUGCCGGGACUUGAGACUCUCACAGUAGAGGGGAGAGGUAUGUUUACUGUAUGUGAGGUUACUGUGGCUCUGUUCAUCAACUCGACAUCGACAAGUGCUUGCGUUACAUGAUAUUUUAGAGAUUUGAGCAAUUUCAGAUUAAUUGCCUUGUGGUAGAAGGCUAAUUUACCACUCCCAAGUUCACAGCUGAUGGUCUGGUGUGUUACAUAGCGUUGUGACAUGUAUCUCCCAACAAUGGGUUUAUAUGGAUGUUUUAGUGACGGCAGAAGGUACACUAAAUUCCUUGUAAUUGUACCCAACAACACCUAAUUAUAUUGAAGUUUCUUUGUGGCCAGAAGGCCUGUUAGAUUAAGUAUACAUUGAAUCGUGUACUAGAUUUAUAGAGCAAGCAGAUCUAUAUCUCUUGCAUAAACCAAAAUUAAUGACUUUAUUAUGAAAUCUAAAGAACCAUUCCGAGUAUACAUUGGUUAGUUGGGAGGACUUUUUUUUUGUGGGAAUAGCAGCUGCCUGUGCCUAAGCUCCUAGGCUGUUAUUUACCCAAGGUACUGUCUGAAACCCGAAUCAAGACUUGUACAUAGCAAUGGUAUAAACACUGAUUCUCGCUACUUUGGCCGCUACCAGACUGAUGUGAAUUACAUGAAUCAAUAAAAAGUAGGUGGUUUUAACUUUUAUGUCAGGAAUUGCCUUGGACAGCUUCAUUGUUUGUAGAUGGCACCUUGUAUUUUCUGUGAGGCUUUUGUACACUUAGCUUCCAAAACCUUUUAAUUUCAUUAAACACUGGAAUAAAGGAAGGAACUGGGAGCACGCUGCCUCUUCCACCCGUGUAACACACUUGUGGAUGCUGCAAAUCUGUAACAAACAACAGGGAGCACAGGAGUUUGUCAGUGGGUCAGCGAGCUUCUGUGAAGGGGCUUAACCAGUUGUGGCAACAGCGCCUUAUUACCCAUGGCUCCUCAGUUCUCCCUGCAGGCACAACCAAGUGCCUGCGCCAUCGUAACCAGGCACUCACUGCUGGUUCCCGCCUGGGUAAGGGAGGUAUCUACCCCAUCUGGGACAUUGACUGCACUCAGUUCACCCUGCGUAAGGCCUGGAGCUGUGCCAAUGACCCCAUGAAGCUUCAGGAACAGCACAUCUUCAAAAAGAACACGGAAUAGUUGAGAGAAGCAACCAAUAUUGGCCCAAUUCCCAGACCCAUGUGUGGUGUAGCUUUCUCCUUGUAAAUUAGAUUACCUGUUUGCUGAAACCAUGUUUAAGUUAUUUUGGGCAGAUGCAUGAGUAUGUGUUGCUGCCUUUUGAUAAUUUAUUUAUGUUUUAUUAACAGGAUGUAUUCGCACUUUUUAAUAUUCAGAGUCUGUAUUGUUUUCUAUGUUCUGAAUAAUGUUUCUUUGAGAACAGUUUGUAUAAAGCUCAUAAGUCAGAAUAACCAACGAGGGCCAAGUGUACAAAAAAAACAAAAUAAAAACAG